AUGGCAAGUCAACGGCUAUGGGAUCCAGACUCCAAGCUGACAGCACCCAGAGCGACCAACACUUAUGCUGACCUUGGCUUUGCAAGUAUGAGCUCACCAGUCGGUAGUAUCAUUGCCAAUCCUAGUCCACAGAACAAUGAUGAAGACGAUAACAACAUUGAGUGGGAGCUUCAAAAUAAUGGAUUGUAUAUUGGUUUAUACUCUCGGAUAGUCUUAUUGAAUGCUUUGGUUCCAAUUUCCGCAAUAAUGAUUUUCACUGUGCUAGCAUUCCUCCCUGACUUGGCUUGGCCCAUAGCAGACUUCCCUUCUCCAUACCCAUCAUCUUUCCCCUUCCCAUUACCUCAAAUUCUCAUCUCCAGCGCAUUCUUCAGUAUCACUCAUCUCCUCCGCAUUCCCAUAUUCUCACUCACUUCCUUCCUACUCCCUUUACAAUAUGCAUCUUUUGCAAGCACAUUCAUACAUGUCCUCAUUACAAACAGCCUUCAUCUCACAUCCUUCAUAAUUCUCCAAGUCAGGCACACAAUGGACUAUCCCAUCCCUACUUGCCAGGAUCCUGCUUUCCACACUGGAUACAAACAACUCACUCUUUACCGCGAUCUCAUGGGUACACCUGGGGUAUGGGUGGAGGUUGCCUUUCACGGCACCCUACCCUUACCCACACCCAUGCACGGGUUAGACCAUCCAAACACCGGCAGCAAGCACUCAGUACCACGGGCACAUGACUCACUGGAUGCCACAUCACCAUUCACGCCAGCAUUGGCACAUACCCCAACACCACCAACACCAAUGACCACCACACUGCGUCUAACGCCACCAGCACCAUGUGCAAAUGCGCAGCGCACGCCAGCAAGUGCUGAUGUGGCACAAAUGCUUGCGGAUGACACCAGGACGCCGAAGAUAAGAAAAGGAUGA